GACAUGCACAAAUUAAGGGACCGUCUCUAAAGUUACAUACGACAUUGGUAUACAGGUUUCUAACUUCAAUAGCAUUUGAAGGGAAUGACUUAGAGUCAUAAAACCAACUGGAAAGUGUUCAUCUUUACAGACCCGGUCUCCUCUAAAUCAUAACCAUACAUACCGCAGAUUGUUCCGCGUUCUCUGACAGGUACUGCUGCCAUGCGUGACAAAACUAAAAUAGACAAGAGGCAACUUUCUCAGAACUUUCGACUCGUUUCUGUAUCACAGCUGUACAGCUUGCUGCUUUCUUUCUCUACGUCACGAACCGCUGGAAAGGCGCGAGACACGUGGAGCCUCCACGCAAUGGAGCUGCGGUGGCUUCCCGCACAGAGCUCUGUACACCGCACAUCCAGCACACAGUGCAGGAAACUUCCUCCACACGCGGGACAUGGACUGCACCCCGGCCACAGCAGAAGACCGCAACUUUCUGGCAUGCACACCAGUAUCAGCGAGAUCCUGAAGGAGAAGAACCUGAAGUCGUCUCGACGCAGUCUGCCCUGUCUAGCUCAAAGUCAAACACAUCCUCACAACCUCAGCCACUUCCUUUCUGUGCCUCUGAAUCCAGAGCCCAAAGCAAACACAAACACCCACAGUGUCCGUGCCUCCUGUACACACAUCACCCCUCCAUCCACAGUAGAUGUUAAUAAUGGCCAGUAUGUAGAGGAGAUGGAGACAGCAGUGUAUGAGUCUAGAACAGACAAAUCACUCCUCAUCCAGCAGAAGCCUGCAUCAAGAGGCAAGCUGGAGGCUCGUAUGGAUUCAGUACGGGGAACUAAUCCAGUAAAUGCCAAAGGGCUUUUGUUUCGAGAUGGCAAGAAACGAAUUGACUAUAUUCUGGUGUAUAAGAAGUCCAGUCCUCAGGUUGAGAAGAGAUGCACUUUUGAGAGGAACCUGCGUGCAGAGGAACUGAUGCUGGAGAAAGAGCCCUCUUUAACCAACAAUGACAUAAUGUUUGUAAAGGUACAUGCUCCAUGGGACACGCUGUGUAAAUAUGCAGAGCAAAUGAACAUCAGAAUGCCUUUCAGGAAAAAGUGCUACCUCUCAGACUGGAAAAAGAAGACCAUGGGAAGUCGAUUUCAUUUGAGAUGCCGUCAAAUAAAGAGUUGGCUGCCUAGGAACCCGAUGAAGCUGGAUAAGGAGGCACUGCCUGAUCUGGAGGAGACAGAUUGCUACACUGCCCCCUUCAGCAGGGCCAGAAUGCAUCAUUUUACCAUCAACAACAGAGAUUCCUUCUUCUCCAACUCCACCAGAAGCAGAAUAGUGCACCACGUAUUACAGCGCACCAAGUAUGAGGACGGCAAGUCAAAGAUGGGUAUCAACCGUUUACUUGGCAAUGGCACAUAUGAGGCUGCAUUUCCCCCUCAUGAGGGAAGCUACAAGAGCAGACAUCCGAUAAAGACGCAUGGGGCUCAGAACCACAGACACCUGCUCUAUGAGCGAUGGGCUCGCUGGGGCAUGUGGUACAAAUACCAGCCUUUGGACCUCAUACGGCGGUACUUUGGGGAAAAGAUUGGCCUGUAUUUUGCAUGGUUGGGUUGGUACACGGGUAUGUUGAUUCCAGCAGCGCUGGUUGGCCUUUUUGUCUUCCUCUAUGGCCUCUUCACCAUGGACUCCAGCCAAGUGAGUAAAGAGAUCUGUGAGGCCAACACCACCAUCAUGUGCCCCAUGUGUGAAGUGAACUGCAGCGCCUGGAAACUCAGUGACAGCUGUGUCUAUGCAAAGGUCACUCAUCUCUUUGAUAAUGGGGGCACAGUCUUCUUUGCCAUUUUUAUGGCAAUAUGGGCCACCGUCUUCCUUGAAUUCUGGAAAAGAAGGAGAGCAGAACUGACCUAUGACUGGGAUUUAAUUGACUGGGAGGAGGAAGAGGAGGAACUACGGCCCCAGUUCGAAGCAAAGUACUCGCGAAAGGAGAGAGUGAACCCCAUCUCAGGCAAACCAGAACCUUUCCAGCCAUUCAGUGACAAACUCAGUCGCCUCAUGGUCUCUGUGUCGGGGAUCUUCUUCAUGAUCUCCCUGGUGCUGACAGCAGUGUUUGCUGUGGUGGUUUUCCGGCUCAUUGCCAUGGAGAAGUUCGCCUCCUUCCAGUGGGAGUUUGUAAAGAAGAACUGGCAGUUUGCAACUUCUGGCACUGGAGUCUGCAUCAACUUCCUGAUUAUCAUGUCUCUCAAUGUGGUUUACGAGAAAGUGGCCUAUCUGUUAACAAAUCUUGAACACCCACGGACCGAGUCUGAAUGGGAGAACAGCUUUGCCCUCAAGAUGUUUCUCUUCCAGUUUGUCAACUUGAACAGCUCCACCUUCUACAUUGCUUUCUUCCUAGGAAGGUUUGCAGGCAGGCCUGGAGAUUAUAAUAAGCUGUUUAACCGCUGGAGAAUGGAGGAGUGCCAUCCUAGUGGCUGUCUUAUUGAUUUAUGCUUGCAAAUGGGAGUGAUCAUGGUGUUAAAACAGAUUUGGAAUAACUUCAUGGAGCUGGGCUACCCGCUGUUACAGAACUGGUGGUCUCGGCGGAAGAUGAGACGAGCAGGAGAACAGAAUAACGUGGAAAGCAAAGUACAGCUGCCUCAAUGGGACAAAGACUGGAACCUACAGCCCAUGAAUGCCCAUGGCCUGGUGGAUGAGUACCUAGAGAUGGUGCUCCAGUUUGGUUUCACCACCAUCUUUGUGGCGGCAUUUCCUUUGGCCCCUCUGCUGGCUCUGCUCAACAACAUCAUCGAGAUCAGACUGGAUGCAUACAAAUUUGUGACACAGUGGAGGAGACCCAUGCCAGCCAGAGCGACUGAUAUUGGAAUCUGGCAUGGUAUCCUAGAGGGCAUUGGUGUGGUGGCUGUCAUUACAAAUGCAUUUGUCAUUGCCAUCACAUCUGACUACAUUCCUCGGUUUGUCUAUGCCUUUAAAUAUGGGCCCUGCGUGGACAAAGGCUACCACCAUGACCAAUGCCUGAGAGGAUAUAUGAACAGUAGUCUGUCUGUAUUUGACAUGGGAGAACCAAAGAACGGAAGUCAGUAUGAAACACGACACUGCAGGUAUCGAGACUACAGAGCUCCACCAUGGAGCUCAAAGCCGUAUGAGUUCACCCUGCAGUUCUGGCAUGUGCUCGCCGCCAGACUGGCCUUCAUCAUCGUUUUUGAACACCUGGUGUUUGGCAUUAAGACCUUCAUUGCUCAUUUGAUCCCGGACAUGCCUAAAGACCUGUGUGAACGCAUGCGCAGGGAGAAGUACCUCAUGCAGGAGAUGAUGUAUGAAGCAGAGUUGGAGCACCUACAGAAGGAGAGGAAGAAAAAUGGCAAGCGUUAUCACCAUGAGUGGCCUUAGCUGUGCCUAACAGAUGGACAUAUCAAAUGCACAUCCAUGCACACACCAAUAAAUAAAUGCUAGAGCACAUAGGAAUACAGGCACAGUGGAGGACCGUGCAGGAACUGCAAAAUAUUUGCAUUUACUCAUGCAUGCAUGUCCAUGCCACAGCUUUGGAUGGCUAAGCUUUACUCAACAA